UCGUAUUUUUGUUUUGUCUGAAAUCGAUACCAAAUGGAAGUAUAUCCAUGAAAUAGACAAGUACAAUGUACAUACAACAACAAUUUUGGAAUUACUCGCGAUCGUUUGCGGGGCAGCACUUACCCAAAAUGGUUCGAUCUUUUUAUAUUUUUAUUUUACUCUCAAUCAAAACUAUAUCUGGUCAUCCGAUUGUGCAUGGUGAGCUUCCAGAAAAUCCGUCGCAGUUCAGUUUCGCUGUUUCACUUCAACGAGCCCUCAACAAUGGAACACUGGUGCAUUUCUGUGGGGGUACCUAUCUCGGCACAGGAUGGAUCCUGACCGCUAAUCACUGCAUCAUUGGAAGUCAGAGAAAUUCCGAAAUCUAUGCCUACAUUGGAGGACAUCCUAUACCGAGUGUAGCAACCGUACAUCGCAUCCGGGAAGUGUUUUCCCACCCGAAUUACAAUAGCGUGACUCUGGGCGGUGAUAUCGCUCUACUACGAUUCAACGUUGAUGCAUCUAUUCAACAAUUAGACAAGUUGGUCCACAGUACGCUUUUAUUGCCCGCCAAAAGUAAUCCAAACAGCGACAAUGCGGCGAUUGUCAUUGGCGUCAGUGGCGACGAGCUAAAUCUAGUGCUUGGUAACAGUAAUCCAAUCGAUGCGAUGGAGGAGUGUCAUAUUUUCGGGUACGGUUCUGGUUCAUUCUACGGACCUACUAGCAACCGACUUCAAUACGGACCCGUACAACCGCUCUCGUUUGAUCGGUGCUUGAAAAUGCUGGGACCGGUGGUAGCUCCGACCACGCCCAAUUCUGGAAUGUUUUGUGCGAUCGGUUUAGCUGAUGCAUGUAGGGGAGAUUCCGGUGGCGGAAUGGUAUGCCGACGGAAGAAACAUUUAGGAUCCUUUGGAGACGAAGCGAGACCGUACACAUUGCAGGGAAUUAUUUCAUAUGGAGCAGGUUGCGGAGCUCCAGCUUCACCCGGGGUCUAUACUAACGUAGGUUUCUACAAGACGUGGAUUGACAAAAUAAUCGCAGCGACCAACUUAUGAUCACUCAUGGUGAAAUGCUGAAUAUUACGUCAACUGUUUUGAUAUACAUGAUAAUUCUUCUUAUUCUAAGUAUAAA